AUGUUUAUUAGCAGCUUCGAAUAUACGACGGAGGCAUGUGGGUUCUCAAACCUGGAGAACUUGAAGCGACUGCAGGACUGUUUGCAAGGCGACGCGCUCGAAGCAGUGAGGAGUCGGCUCGUUCUGCCGAAUUCCGUUCCGAACGUGAUUUGUGACCUACGGAAUCUAUUCGGAAGGCCGGAGAAGCUGCUGAAGUCGCUGCUGACGAAAGUGAGGAACGCUCCAGCGCCGAGAGCUGAUCGACUGGAGAUGUUCGUUAAUUUUGGGAUUACGGUGAAGCAGUUGUGCGACCAUCUUGAGGCUGCGCGACUCAACGAUCAUCUUAAUAACCCGAUGCUAGUACAGGAGUUGGUCGACAACUUACCACCGAGUUACAAACUGGAUUGGGUGCGGUACAAGCGAGGAAAGGAAGAUAGUCCGCUGAGGAUGUUCACGGAUUUCAUGACUGAAAUAGUAUCCGACGUGUCCGAGGUGACGGAGUUUUCUACGCUGUCGGUGAACGAGCGAGCGUCGCAUGGGCGAGAGAAUCCUAGAAAGAAGGAGUUUGUGCAUGUGCACGACUCUGAGCAGAAGCAGAGCGAAGAACUACGCAGAGAGGUGGUCAGCCGUCCUUGUUGGAUUUGUAGGCGGACGGAUCACAUGAUCAAGAGCUGCGGUGAGUUCAAGCGGAUGAAUAUUGCAGAACGGCUAAAAGAAGUGGAGAAGCAGAAACUCUGCGGAGUCUGCCUCAACAAACACGGUGGAAAUCGAUGCUUCUCAAAGAUCCGAUGUAUGGUGCGGAAUUGCCAAGGCAACCACCAUUCUCUUUUGCAUCGGGUUGAAGAAUCGGUGCAAUUGCAGAGAGCAAAAUCAGAUUGCACGGUGAUUUUCCGGAUGAUGCCGGUGACACUUCAUGUUGGUAAGCGGCAGUACGACACCGUCGCCUUCCUGGACGAAGGAUCGUCUGCUACGUUGGUGGAUGAUGGGGUGGCCAAACGGCUGGAGGCAGAAGGGACUCUCGAGCCGCUGAUAGUCACGUGGACCGGAAACAUCAACCGGUAUGAGAACGAUUCCCGUAGUGUUGAAAUGAUGAUGUCGGCGAAGAGAUCUAAGGAAAAAUUUCCGCUAUUCAACACACGAACGGUGUCCGAGUUGCAGCUACCGCAACAGGAAGUACGGUAUCAUGACGUGGUGAACCGGUAUUCGCAUCUUACUGGAGUGCCGGUGAAGGAUUUUCCGUCCGGACUGCCGACGAUUCUGGUCGGUUUGGACAACCUCCAUCUUUUCGCGCCGUUGGAGUCACGGGUUGGGAAACCGAACGAACCCAUCGCCGUGCGGUCGAAAAUGGGAUGGACAAUCUAUGGUUCCGAGAAGCUGAAGCCUAGCGUGAAGACUUACCUGAACCUCCAUUCUGUCACACCGGUAAGCAAUCAAGAGCUCCAUGAUUUGAUGCGGGAGCAGUACGUGUUGGAUGAGAAGGCGAUUACAUCGUUUGCCGUACCAGAACCGGCGGAGGAGAAGCGGGCUCGAGAGAUUCUCGAAACAACAACGAAACGAAUUGGCGAUCGUUUCGAGACGGGUCUGCUGUGGCGAGAAGACGUGCGGUGGUUUCCUGACAGCUAUCCGAUGGCCAUGCGAAGAAUGAAAGCACUUGAACGAAAUCUAGAGAAGGAUCCAGCGUUGAAACGAAAUGUGUGCCAACAAAUUAAGGACUAUCAGCUCAAGAGAUACGCACAUAAGAUCAGCGUAGCAGAACUUGAAACACCAAGCUGGGCGGUUUGGUAUCUGCCAGUAAAUGUGGUGCGAAACCCAAAGAAACCCGAAAAGGUUCGCCUGGUGUGGGACGCUGCAGCAUCGGUUGGAGGAGUCUCGUUGAACUCGCAGUUGUUAAAGGGGCCGGAUAUGUUAGUUCCUCUUCCGAAAGUUGUCAGCUGCUUUCAGGAGGGUCCGGUUGCAUUUGGAGGAGACAUCCAAGAAAUGUAUCACCAAAUGAAAAUCCGAGCUGAGGACAAGCAAGCGCUCCGAUUUUUGUUCGGAACAGACCCAACAGGGGCACCGCAAGUGUAUGUGAUGGACGUGGCCACUUUUGGCGCUGCAUGCUCGCCUGCUUCAGCGCAAUUUGUAAAGAAUCUGAACGCGGAACAAUUUGCGGAAGAAUUCCCUGAGGCAGCAGCAGCGAUUAUAAAGAAGCACUAUGUGGACGAUUACUACGACAGUGUGGACACCGUCGAGGAAGCGAUCCAAAGAGCCAAGGAGGUGAAACACAUUCACUCGAAAGGAGGAUUCCACAUACGUAACUGGAUGUCGAACUCGGAGAAGUUUCUAGAGGAGGUUGGGGAGCGCACCGCUAACGCAGCAAUUCACUUGACCCGGGAUAAAGACACGGAAUACGAGCGUGUACUGGGGAUCGUGUGGAAUAUGAUCGAAGACGUCUUCUGUUUCGCAAAAGCUUCAAAAUUAGAGCAGCUGAAAGUCCUCCGAGGAGAAGAACGUCCGACGAAGCGAAUAGUACUCAGUAUCGUGAUGGCGCAGUUUGAUCCGGUGGGUUUCCUCGCACCAGUCACCAUUCUGGGAAAAAUGUUAGUACAAGACCUGUGGCGGAUUGGUUGCCAGUGGGAUGACAUCGUGGACGACGCAUCGUUCAAGAAGUGGAAACGGUGGACGAACAUCCUGAUGGACACUCAAGCCUUCAAACUACCACGCAGCUACUUCGGCAGUGCGCGAUCAGAUGAGAUCGAUGACGUGCAGCUGCAUAUCUUUGCGGAUGCGAGCGAGACGGCCUACGGAUUCGUGGCGUUUUUCCGAGCCGUUGUACGAGGAGAUGCAAUGGUGAUGUGCGCAAUGGUGAUGAGUCGUGCGCAAUGGUGA